AUGAAGGGAAGUAUUGCAGUCACGAACUUCUCCAAGGACAAUCUCGCAGUGCAGUGGUUCCUGAGAGAGGUCGACCUUCGACUGACGCCGACUGGACGCCCGUCUCGCAGAUUGACCAGAGGUGCGUCUCAAGGCAUCUUGACGACGGGGACUGCAGUUGACACCCUUCGCAGUGCUGUCACCACUCCCACCUCAGCCUCCACCUCGCUCCAGGAGGGGCCGUACCAAUCAGCGAGAACAGGAGAAACUUUCCAAGAGUCAUGGCCAGCCGGGCCUGGUUUCCCAAUGACCUACAUGCUCGAUCCCUUCCAAAGCCACCAAUAUCCCUCAUACAUACAUGCCAACCCCGGCGAUAUUGGAGGUAACACGUACGCAGGGCAAGGCAAUAACCAAACCGGAUCUGUAGGCCAAGAGUCGUUCCCAGUCGACCCAAGGCUAGUCGCCGUAAACAGGCAGGGAGAGCCAGCAGAGCCACUGGGCCAGCCUGUCGACCCAAGGUUGGUCGCCGCAAACAGGCAGGGAGAGCCAGCAGGGUCACUGGGCCACCCUGUCGACCCAAGAUUGGUCGCCGCAAACAGGCACGGACAGCCAGCAGUGCCACAUGCCCACCCAGACUCAAGCAUGACCACAGGAAGCAGGCAGAAAGAGCCAGAAAAGGACCAGGAAGAGGAGGAGGAAGAGAGAAAAGACGAUGACCAAGACAAUAAUGAUGACGACGAUGAUGACGAGGAAGAGGAAGAGGAGGACUAUGAGGAUGAAGAUGACGAUGCACCAGAGAAUAUGUUGUCUGGGAAACCCGUUGGUAACCCGGGGCAGUACCAAUAA